CUGACGGCAGGACUAAAUGGAAGCAGCGGAGGAAACUCUCACUUACCGAGAUGACACCUUACUUCACAGGAAGCUGCCCCCAAAGGACAAACAUAAGGACAAGAAGGACAGUAAGGGCCAUGCCAUCGAGACAGAAAGCGAGGAGUCCAACUAUGUGGACCUAGACAUGAAACCCGACGGCGCAAAAACAGUGAAAGUGACUUUCACUGGCGAGGAGAACCAGCUGCCUGUUAUCAAGUGCGACAGUUCAAAGCAGUGGGAGCACGACGAGGAGGGUAUAAUCAUUUCUGAAGAUUUCGUGGAGGAGCAGUUAGAGGACGAGCGGGCCACCUUCCCCGGGCCCGUUUCGGGUGAGCCUCUUUUGGAAACUCUGACCAAACUUCCCAACACCGAUCGGGAGUCGGAAAAUGAGAAACAGCGCCAGGCCGAGCACGACUGCAGUGAACAUGUGUGGAGUGAGAGUGAUGAGCUCCAGUACACGGAUAUGUAUCUAAACAGCAAGACGGAGUCGGAUGAUGGUGCCAGCGCGAUGAUGUCCGACUACUGCGGCUCCGACACCGUGGAGGACGAGUCCCACUAUAUCACAACGCACGAAAUCCAGCUGACCGAGCUUGACCACGACGUAGAUUACGACCUGGGGCGAGGGACCUGUUGGGAUUUUGAAGACGACAACUUGGUUUUUUCCUUUGUGGAUUACGCGUCUUUCGAGAGCGACGAAACGCAGGAGGGGGCUUUGAUACUGAAACGCAGGGGCCAGGCGAAAGUGCAGUCUAAUCUUGGUGGAGAAGUUGUCAGCACCGAGCAGGAGGAUAGUGAUCUUUGCGACUCGGACAAAUGCGCCAGCUCAGAUGAAAGCCUGUGCAAAAACCACAGCGGAGACGCUAAUAAAGGGAAAAUUCAUGUAUCAAUAAAAACAUCCUCCAGGGCGGUGAACAAGCCAGUCAGUACCUCUGACAACAGCACGCGUGGGAACACAAAACACUUUGGAGACGGGAGCCACUUCUCUUUUGUGAGCUCUGGCGCCAGAGUGGGGCCCUUUACCGACAGAGCCCAAUAUUUCAUCCCCGCUCCAGGCCGUCAGCACCUUGCAUCCAAACUGAGACGGAAAGAUAUUAAUGAGUAUUCCAGCGGAGCGUCCAGCUCCAUCAGUGAGCUGGACGAUGCCGACAAAGAGGUGCGUAAUUUAACCGCAAAGUCUUUCCGGAGCUUGGCAUGUCCAUACUUCGAUGCCAUUAAUCUUAGCACCUCUAGUGAGUCCUCGAUGUCGGAAUAUGGGCUGAAUAACUGGUCGGCUUAUGUGGACUUGAAAUAUGGAAACAUAUCGCGGGGAAGGCAGCGAAGCGUAAUUGAGACUUCGAGCACAACUUUGGAAAUGAAUAACACUGUGGACAGUAAGAGGCAUGGUAAGUCUAUUACCGGUAUGAAAGCUCCACAAACCAAAAUGUACGCACUGAACAAGAGAACAACUUCUCAACAAUCAUCCUCAUCUAGCAAAAAGAUCGAACUUAACAAUCAGGAUCAGCCAGAACAGCGUGGAGUCACGCUGAAUUUCCGGUGUAAUGUUGAAGCGCCUGAAGGCGCCAGACGUCCAAAAUGCUCCAAGAAAGCACGAUCCAAUGAGCAUACUGGGACUGUGUUGGCCCGGUCAGGGUGUGAGAUGCAAUAUCUUCAAGAUGGCACGGAGGGUACACACAAAAGAGCAGUUUUUGCAUCAAGUCUAUUGAAAAAUGUGAUUUCCAAAAAGAUGCAGUUUGAACAGGAGCGCAAAAUGGAGAGGGGUGAAAUUUGUGACGCAUUACCAGCACUCUCCCCGAGUUUUCAAUUUAAAGAGCACGACGGAAUGAAAGACGGGGGUCAAGGAAGAGGCUUACAAAGACAGACAUCAGAAUCGGGCUCAGGUUUUACUGUUAGUUCUGCUGAGGAUCUAUGCCUGGAAGGCAGCAGACCCAGCUCCUGUGAGCCUGCAGAGGAGCAGAAAAGCAACAAAGCAACAGAUGAUUCAGAAAAGGGGAAACACAAGCCUCCAAAAGCUUCACUCAGCCACAGUCAAAGCAGUGCAUUUAAUUCACUGAAAGAAGAUGAGCCAGAACCCAUAAAGGAGGCCGAACCCACAUCUUUAACCGACACACAGACCAUAACAAAGGGAUUAGACACCAGCAGCAUGCUGACAAAAUUGCUGUUUGUCCCAAGCUGCCAGCUUCUUUCAAAAGAGAAGGAUUGUACAGAUGGCUUGGCAAUCAGUGCACCUGUCGCAGGUGCACCUGCUGGCCCACAGAAAUGUGAAAAAGAGUUAAAAACAGGCAACAAUGGAAACAUAGGCAAAGAAGAAAACGAGAAAGGGGGGAAAACCCCUGGGAUAAAAAUAUGCCUGAGGAGUGUGAAGGAAAAUAAAGGCUGUACACUGAAUAUCGCCAACCUGUUAACCCCUAAAAUACGUUUGAACACUGUGAACACAUUCAGGGCAGCAGGUGAUGCCAAAUGCCAUGUGUUGUCUGCUUCAGAUAAAAUCCCAAACUUUACUGUUAGAGACAUAAGAGACACCAAAUGCAAGUUUCAAACACCAAUAUAUCAAGUCAGAGAUGUCCGCAAAUUGGUAAAAAGUUCAUAUCGCUUUGUUUCAUUGGAUAAUAGUGAGGGUAAAUGUUCCACAGCAGCUGGAAAACUUGAGGUCACAAAGGCGCCGGUUAAGAAUGUACUACCAUCUCCUAUUGUGAUUAAGUGUCACUCUGUAAAAACAAAUGUUAAACAACAGACAGCUGAGGCAGGCAUCUCAUCUGAAACAUCUCAAACUGAAAAUACACCAUCACAUUGCACAGCCAGUAGGGUGCCACUCGUUGCAUCAAAGCAGCUACACCCUGACCAGUCAGAUAUUCAGCCAAAUAUUCAAACCAAACUGACAAAACAGAGGCAGGAAAAAUUUGCAUGUGAGACGUCUGAGAGGAGAAAUGAGCCCAAAGUACCAAAACAGGCUGCAUUAGAGAAGCUUAAAGCUGCAGUCAAAACAAUGGAGCAGCUUUAUGUGUUUGAUAGAAACGAAUGGAAGCGCAAAAGUCAAGCUCCACAACCAAUCACAGACAGCCAUGUGUUAUCGCUUAUUGCCAGUGAGGAGCAGGGAGCGGAGGAACUGGAGACAACAAACACUAACAGGGUUCCUCAGUCACAGGACGCUAAAGCAGCUCUGAAUAUCAUACAUGUUCCAUAUAACGAUGACACGUUUAAAACACAAUCACAGCAGAAAACGUUUAGUAACAAACGUGUGCUUCAUUUUGGCAACAAGGCACGUGUCAGCAUUAGCUCAGUUAGUGAUCCUAUUUCACAAAGCUCCGCGCUGCAAACAUCAUCGACUAUGAAAAGCUCCAGGACACCGGUGGCUCCACUGUCGGUGAAAAUAGAGCCCCCGAAAGACGGCCAGGUGGAGCAGGGAAAGGUCAAAAUCAUUCCCACUAAUCCUACUGUCGCACAGGCCUGCUCAGACUCUGAGAACUAUUUAACCAUACCGGGGUAUACGAAUGAAAUCAAACUCCUGAAUCCAGAUCCCGUUUCCAGGGAGGUGAGUUCAAAUGUUAGCCAAAUCAAAACAGGUGACAGGAAGACACCUGAGCAGAAAAGCUCUCCGUUAAUGAUGGAGUACCCAGCUUCAAGCAUCUAUCAUCAAACACAGCAGCAGGUGUUGUGUUUCUCUCCAUCUGUCCCGACUGUGUCCCCUAUACCGUCUAUUGGAGAGGCCGUAACACAGCGCAAGAUGCUUUUGGACCCCACUACUGGACAUUAUUACCUGGUGAACACUCCUAUACAGGCCACCACAAAGAGACUAUUUGACCCUGAGACAGGCCAGUAUGUGGACGUGCCCAUGUCCCGUUCUCCUGUGGCACCUGUCACCCCUGUCACCCCUGUGCCACUCUCAUUGUCCCCCAUGGCCCUGAGCCCAGGAGCGUACGCCCCCACCUACAUGAUCUACCCAGGCUUCAUCCCCUCGCCCACUCUGCCAGCCCAGGCGGUGUUGUGUCAGUCGCCGUGUCACUCUGCGGAGGCAGGUGGAGAAAAGGUAAAAUACGCCAGAAGUCCUAAGCCGGACACGAAUGCAACAGGCGCAGAGAGUGCGUAUUACAGUGCAACAGGUGAGGCAAUACAUGGGCCACUGCAGCUUCCUGUUAGUUUGGGACAUGUGACCUCCAGAGGAGGUGCAGCGAGCUCUGACAGGAAGCCAGUUAUCAGCAUCACAACGCAACAAGGUCCAAGAAUCAUCGCGCCACCUUCCUUCGACGGCACAACAAUGAGCUUUGUAGUGGAGCAUCGGUGACCAUAGAAACAUCUCAUCAUACAUACAUCUCCACUGAAGAAUGUGCCUUCAAUCAUCCCAAGUGCAGUUUUCUACCCUCCCAACUGAUCUACUCCCCAAGACAAACUUCCACCAACAACCAACCAUUUGUAUCCCCAUUCUGUUGUGUUGUUUAUCCUUGCAGCAGACCUUACUGUAAUAUGUAUGCAUUGCAGCACUUUGUAGGGUAAACGCAUUAAGCCACAUCCUCUGGCUGAUGUUCUGCCAUGUUGCUAUAUGAAUCUGCUUUGUAAUACUUUCCAUUCAGCUGCUGUCUUGAACUUUUAAAAUGCUGGUUGGGCCCUGCAACAUGUCUAUUCAAAAGGAAACAAGGCAGGUCUUCUAUUACAGUUCAGUGUUAUUGGCCAAGCCACAAUUGUAUUAUCAAGAAUCUAAUGUUACCAUGUCUUUAACUUUGUAAUUUUUGAUUGGCAAAAAACACAUCUUUCUUUUAUAAAUGAAAAGUUGACCUCUUAAGCAAUAAAUCACAACCUUGGUGAAUCCAAUACACAAUCCGUAAUGUCAGCAAACUUGAUAGUAUUGUGUAACUGACAUCACCGAGUCAGUUUGCUGACAUUAUCUCUCCAGUUGUGCUGCUGAAACACUUUAGAAUGUCACAGAUAAAAGUUUCAAUAGGUUUACCGCAAACAAAAUAAAAUUGCUGCCAGUUUAUCCCAAUGAGGUACUACAACCAAAACAUCCCUUUAAUCCCCAGAAGUAUUUUCCGCAUAAUCCGCAUUGUCAAGAGGCAUCGUAAAAAUCUAAUUUCCCAUAGAUUGUAUUUCCUGCAUACAAAGCUGCAAAGCUUGGGAAAUGCACAGGACUGCACGGAGUUGUGGCAAAAAGGUUGACUGUGCUUGCUGUGGAGGCAACCAAAGAACCCGCCUGUGGGGAAGGAGGCCACAAACUGAAAAAGUUUGUGGCCUCAGGAGGACUGGAGCUUCUGUGGUCACAAAUGCAUAAACUGUGUGGGAGGAGUUUGAGGAGGCCAUGAGAAUGACUUUUGAUAAGCCUCAAAGAGAUUGUGCCAAAUUGUCAGAUGACUCUAGAGGGCGAGGCAGGGCUUAGCUCAGGCUGUUUUCAGCAUGGGAUUAGAAAUGAUGACCCAGACUAACAAUAUUGUUGGACAGUUGAAGGAACCCUUUGAGGAACUCCCUAACUCCCUAACAUCCUCCAUAAAGGACGUGUAGCUGGAAAGCUCGGCGAAAGCCUUGUCCAUUUCACUAGCGAAGGUCACUGAGAUAGUCAAAAAGCUCCCCAGUAGCAAGGCGCCGGGGGUGGAUGAUAUUGGCACUGAGACACAGAAGGUUCUGGUUAUUGUGAGGCUGACUUGAUCAACAUGCCUCCUCAAUAUCAUGUGAGGAUCAGGGCCUGUGGACUGGCAGACCAGGAUGGUGGUUCCCAUUUUUUAAAAAAGGAGACUGCAGGAUGUGUUCCAACGAUUAGGCUAUCACAAUGCUCAAACAUCCUGGGAAAACUUAUACCAGGGCACUGGAAAGAUGGCUCCAACUUAUUGUCAAACCUCCAGGAGGAACAAUGCUGAAUCCAUCCUAUUGUGAAACAUUGGACCUGCUCUUUACCCUUGCAAAAAUAUGGGGGGGGGUCAAGGGAGUUUGCCCAUCUAAUCUGCUUGUGGCCACUGUUGAUCAAAAGUUACACAGUCUUGUUUUAAUUUACACAAUGAGACAAUUACUCACGGUGAAUACAACCUUCAAUAUGUUACACUGUUUUCUGAGGACAGGGACCAUUUGUCUGCACUGAAUUAUUAAAAUGCAGAUUAAGGGGUAGUGUUGAAUCACCCCAAAUUCAGCCAGAUGAUUAAAAUAAAUUAAAAUUAUUGUAUUUCAAAAUAACAUGUUUUUAAAGAUGUCCCAAGUAAAUGGUAAAUAUAUGAUAUUGCUAUGUAUCAUAUCACUAUUCUCCAACACUAAUGUUCCACAUUCACAAUAACAUUUCCAUCUUUUUUAGGAUGUUCUACUUGAUGUAUGUGUAACCUCUGUGCUAUGACUCACAACAUGCUGCUAAUACCUGCACAACUGAUAUGCUGUAUAAAGUAGUGUAUGUUUAUAUUUUAAUAGCACGCUCCUUGUGUGUUAGAGUGAGAAAAAAAAGAAAAACACACUAAGUGUGCGGCUCACAUGAAGUGGAGCUGGGACUAUGGUUUAACUGUGUACUGAAAUCAGUAUUUCCUAAGUAGUGUUGGGCCUAAAUGAGUCAGAUCCAGCUGAGAAAUUUACAGGAUAACUUCCUCUGUGUUGGUUUAUUUGACACUUUUGUGUGUAAUGAGAUGGGAGUUAGUGCGUGUGCAUCUGAAUGUGUCCGUGUUCAUGGCAGUGAGUUAUGUACGGCAUUUCAGUAUUCUGUUAGCGUACAACAAGGAGUCGUGUUACUUCAGACUGUAGACGGCAGCGUACAGACUCCAUGUGUUAGGUGUGUCGCCACACUUUACACACAGCAAUGUUUCUCUUUUUUAACCCCCUUGACCUCUUAGUUUAUAUGUGUAUGAAUUUGAGUUUUCAUUAAAGGGACAUAUCAACUAAUGACAUCCAUACGAUUGCUUUCUGUGGAGAGACGUUCUGAGGUCAUGUUUUGAUCUGUUUUGUUUCCUUUUGAAUAAAUACAGUGGGGUCAUCAUAGGUCAUUAUGCUAUACUUGACUCAGUUAUACCAGCAUCCCAUGCAGAACUAAAUGUAGAUUGCUAUUUUUUAGCAUGUUUCAAAUCCAAACACACAUUAAAGGUAUUUGGAGCUGCUGGUCAGUCUAUGUACCUUAAUUCUGUAAAAUAAAUGUUAUUAAGCCUCUGUGACAACAGACUUUAUAUACAUUGCUCUAUGAGUUGACUUCAUUUCAAGUGAUAUAAAUUCAUGUAGUAAUUUGAAAGACUUGUUGCUGACUGUGCAGUAGAUUGGACAUGGUUUGCUCUUUAGAGCAAGUUGACGUUAGAACAUUUAAUGCAUUUGAGGUGAAAUUUAACUUAAAUUUGUACAUUUAAUUCAAAAAAAUUAUUAAUGAUAAACUAUAAUAUUCUUUUAAUAAUUAUAAUGUUUAAACACGUGUCCCUGAGGCAGUUGAGUGCAAUGCAAACUGUUAUUUAUUUAUAAAUUGUGAAUCAGAAGUUUUGCCAAGUAUCCAAAAGAAAAAUAAACAGGUACUAUGAACAAGUUAGAAUUGAGAGAUAUGUUUUUUUACUUCCUACCAGAGAGUUUUAAAAGUAUGUUUUUGAUCAGCAUAAUAAAUAAAGACCUAUAGAUAAAUAAGAUCAUUUGUAAGCUCCAGUAAACCAACUUUUCUAAUGUUGUCAUAAACAUAAAACUCUAAAAACAAAAAAACUUUUCUCC